UCGAUUAAAAUUUUCCUUCCGUCCAUGCAGAUGUAGGUAGACAAAACAAAUCCAGAUCGGAAGGAACAGCUUCAACUCCAAUCGAUCAAGACACCAUCAACACACACAACAUCUGUCAUCCCCGCAAGGAUUCUUCGCCCACAGCGCCGCCGGCGACCGGCAGCACCAGGGGGAUCUCGCCUCGCUUCGAGAUCGGCCGCCGCGCUGGGGCCGACUCACUCGCGCCACUCCUUCCCCUUGUGGCCGCGGAACCCUAAUGCCGGCCUAGCCGCCAUGGACUUCGCCAGCCGCCACGCCGCCGCCGAGGCCUCGCCCACCUCCUCCGCCGUCUCCCCCACCGCCGCGAUGGAGGAGCCGGAGUACCUGGUCCGGUGCCUCGUCGUCAAGCACUCGUGGCGGGGCAGGUACCGCCGGAUCCUCUGCAUAGCGGCCUCGGGGGUCGUCACGCUCGACCCGGCCACGCUCAGCCUCACCAACUCCUACGACGCCGGCCCCGAGUUCGACCACGCCGAGCCCCUCGCCGCCGCCGACGAGUUCACGCUCGCCGUCCGCACCGAUGCUCGCGCCAAGUUCAAGCCCAUGCGCUUCUCAUCCCCGCUGCGCGCCGGGAUCCUCACUGAGCUCCACCGCCUCCGCCCCCCUGCCCACCAACUGCUCGAGUUCCCCCUCCUCCACCUCCGCCGGCGCACCCACGAAUGGGCACCUUUCAGACUUAAGGUUACUUCAGUGGGUGUUGAGCUCCUUGAGGCUUCUGGUGAUAUGCGCUGGUGCUUGGACUUCAGAGAUAUGAAUUCUCCUGCUAUUGUGCUAUUGGGGGAUAGCUAUGGGAGGAAGACUACUGAAGGUGGAGGGUUUGUGCUAUGCCCCCUUUAUGGUAGGAAGUCAAAAGCUUUUAUGGCUGCUUCAGGCAGCACAAACACUGCGAUUAUAUCGCAUUUGACGAAAACUGCCAAGUCAAUGAUUGGAUUGUCUCUAUCUACGGACAAUUCACAGUCAAUGACAGCAGCUGACUUUAUAGCAAAAAGAGCUAUGGAUGCAGUUGGAGCUGCUGAAACUCGACACGGAGAAUGGUCAGUAACAAGGUUACGUCCUGCUGCACAUGGCACUGCUAACAUUGAGAGCUUGAGUUUGGGUGUUGGACCAAGGGGUGGACUUGGAGAACAGGGUGACUCUGUUUCUCGUCUGCUUGUUCUUACAAACACUUCACUAGUUGAAAGACGUCCGGAGAACUAUGAGGCUGUCAUUGUCCGACCUCUCUCAGCAGUAAGUGCCCUUGUUCGAUUUGCAGAAGAGCCGCAGAUGUUUGCAUUUGAAUUCAAUGAUGGCUGCCCGAUUCAUGUAUAUGCUAGUACUUCCCGUGAUAAUUUACUUGCUACAGUUCUGGGUGUUUUACAAAAUCAGAGACAGUGUGCAAUUCCAGUGCUACCAAGGUUGACGAUGCCAGGUCAUCGCAUAGAUCCACCUUGUGGGAGAGCCCAUCUUCAGAUGCCUCAUCAUGGUGCUGUUGAUAUGGAGGCUGCUAGCAUGCACAUAAAACAUUUAGCUGCGGUUGCUAAAGAGGCUGUAGUUUCAUCUGACACUGUCCCCGGAGCAAAAAUCAGAUUAUGGCGUAGAAUAAGGGAGUUCAAUGCAUGUAUACCCUACACUGGAGUGCCUGUCAAUAUUGAUGUACCUGAAGUUGUCUUAAUGGCUUUAAUUAGUCUUCUUCCUUCCACACCACAAAACCUCCCUGCUGAUGCUCCUCCUCUUCCGCCUCCAUCUCCAAAAGCAGCAGCAACAAUAAUGGGGUUUGUUGCAUGCUUACGCAGGCUACUUACAUCAAGAAGUGUGGCAUCACAUGUGAUGGCAUUUCCUGUUGCUGUUGGAAGAAUAAUGGGUUUGCUUAGGAAUGGUUCAGAAGGAGUAGCAGCUGAAGCUGCUGGGCUUGUGGCUAUGCUAAUUGGUGGUGGUCCUGGAGAUACAUCCAUGUUAAUGGAUACAAGGGGUGAAUCCCAUGCUACCUACAUGCAUGCAAAGUCUGUACUGUUCUCGCAGCCAAUGUAUGUCCCGAUCCUUGUUAACAGAUUGAAGCCAAUAUCAGUUUCACCAUUAUUAUCUCUGUCCAUUGUGGAAGUCCUUGAAGCUAUGCUUUGUGAACCCCAUGGUGAAACAACCCAACAUGCUACAUUUGUUGAGUUACUGCGUCAAGUUGCUGGUUUGCGCCGCCGUUUGUUUGCAUUAUUUGCACAUCCGGCAGAAAGUGUAAGAGAGACUGUUUCUGUUAUCAUGCGUACAAUCGCUGAGGAAGAUGCAAUUGCAGCAGAGUCCAUGCGCGAUGCAGCAUUGAAGGAUGGUGCUCUUCUGAGGCAUUUGUUAAAUGCGUUCUUCUUCCCUGAUGGUGAGCGGCGGGAUGUUAGUCGGCAGCUUGUUGCUCUUUGGGCUGAUUCUUAUCAACCUGCUCUGGAUUUGCUGUCAAGAAUACUUCCUCCUGGACUUGUUGCUUAUCUUCAUACAAGACCAGAUGAAGAUUCACAGGGCCAGUAUGAUGAAGCACCGUUAAGCAGAAGGCAAAGACGGAUACUUCAGCAGAGGAGGGCUCGUGGUAGUCAGAGUAUAGCAGAACCAGAACAAGGGAUGCCCCCAAAUGGUGUUGAGGAUGGUGAACUGUUCAGGCCCACCAAUGUGGGUACCUAUGGAGGAGCAGAUGUCCAUCAGAGGCAUGUUGGUCAGUACCCUUUUGCCCACACCCCUUCACCUGGUAUAAGCAUUGAUCCUUCUCGUGCAGUUUCAGUUUCACAUGGUUCUGUACCUGAGGCCCUUUCUCAAAAUAAUCAUCCAACUGGGACACCACAGCUGGAUUCACAUGUUUAUUCAGUGGACUCCAAUGCCAAUGGAAACCUUAUCAGCUCCACACAUUCAGAUUUCUCAGUCCCUGCACAGGUUGUGGUUGAAAACACUCCUGUUGGAUCUGGCAGGCUCCUGUGCAAUUGGUAUGGAUUUUGGAAAGCAUUCAGUCUAGAUCACAACAGAGCGGAUCUGAUAUGGAAUGAACGCACAAGGCAAGAAUUGAAGGAAGCAUUGCAAGCUGAAGUUCAUAACCUUGAUGUUGAGAAAGAAAGAACCGAUGACAUUGUCCCUGGAAGUUCAGUCACUGAGGAUGCUGGUGGUAGUGACAGCUUACCAAGAAUUUCAUGGAAUUAUACUGAGUUUUCGGUUAGCUACCCUAGCUUGUCCAAAGAAGUCUGUGUGGGGCAAUACUAUUUACGGUUGCUGCUUGAAAGUGGAAGCAACUAUCGAGCACAGGAUUUUCCGCUACGUGAUCCUGUUGCCUUUUUCAGAGCUCUAUACCAUCGGUUUUUGUGUGAUGCAGAUAUUGGUCUUACUGUGGAUGGCGCGGUUCCUGAUGAGCUAGGGUCAUCUGAUGAUCGGUGUGACAUGGGAAGAUUGGAUGGCUUUGGUGGAGGUGGAGGUUCUUCUGUAAGAGAACUUUGUUCAAGGGCAAUGGCUAUAGUUUAUGAGCAACAUUAUAAAGUUAUUGGGCAUUUUGAUGGCACCGCGCAUAUUACUGUUCUAUUAGACAGAACAGAUGAUAGGGCAUUAAGGCAUCGUUUGCUACUUCUGUUAAAGGCCUUGAUGAAUGACCUUUCAAAUGUCGAAGCAUGUGUUUUGGUUGGAGGCUGUGUUUUGGCUGUUGAUUUGCUUACUGUUUCUCAUGAAGCAUCUGAGCGGACAGCAAUUCCUUUGCAAUCUAACCUCAUCGCAGCAACUGCAUUUAUGGAACCUCCAAAGGAGUGGAUGUACAUUGACAAAGAUGGUACACAAGUUGGUCCAUUUGAAAAGGAUGCUGUCCGAAGGCUGUGGUCAAAGAAGUCAAUUGAUUGGACAACAAAGUGUUGGGCUUCUGGUAUGUCUGACUGGAAAAGAUUACGUGACAUCCGAGAACUGCGCUGGGCACUUUCUGUUAGAGUACCUGUUCUGACUCCUACUCAGAUUGGGGACACUGCAUUAUCCAUAUUGCACAGUAUGGCAUCUGCACACUCUGAUCUUGAUGAUGCAGGCGAAAUAGUAACUCCAACUCCUAGAGUGAAACGUAUAUUGUCAAGUCCAAGAUGUCUUCCUCAUGUUGCUCAGGCUAUGCUUACUGGGGAACCAAGCAUUGUUGAAGCGGCUGCCUCAUUGCUUAAGGCUAUUGUUACAAGAAAUCCUAAAGCUAUGAUUCGACUUUAUAGUACUGGUGCCUUUUACUUUGCGUUAGCGUAUCCUGGUUCAAAUCUCCUAUCAAUCGCACAACUCUUUUCGGCCACACAUACUCAUCAAGCUUUUCAUGGUGGUGAAGAGGCAGCAGUAUCUUCGUCUUUGCCUUUGGCAAAGCGUAGUGUACUAGGUGGACUACUCCCAGAAUCUUUGCUGUAUGUCUUAGAACGCAGUGGACCUUCUGCUUUUGCGGGUGCUAUGGUGUCUGAUUCUGACACACCAGAAAUUAUAUGGACCCACAAGAUGCGGGGAGAAAACCUUAUUCGUCAGGUUCUGCAACAUCUCGGCGAUUUUCCUCAGAAAUUGGCUCAACAUUGUCAUUCAUUGUAUGAUUAUGCUCCUAUGCCACCUGUGACUUACCCGAAUCUGAAAGAUGAGAUGUGGUGCCAUCGUUACUACCUUCGUAACCUAUGUGAUGAGAUUAGGUUUCCUAACUGGCCCAUUGUUGAACACGUGGAAUUUCUGCAGUCGUUGUUGGUAAUGUGGCGUGAAGAGUUAACUCGACGUCCAAUGGAUUUGUCUGAAGAAGAAGCCUGCAAGAUAUUGGAAAUUUCUCUUGAUGAUCUUAUUCUUGGCGAGAAUGGUAGUAGCAAGCAGUCAUCCGAGUUUAGUUCGGCCAAUUCGGGAAACAAAAUUGAAAACAUUGACGAGGAGAAGCUUAAGCGCCAAUACCGGAAGCUAGCAAUAAAAUACCAUCCAGACAAGAACCCUGAGGGAAGGGAGAAGUUUGUUGCUGUGCAAAAGGCCUAUGAGCGAUUGCAGGCAAGUAUGCAGGGAUUGCAGGGACCACAAGUCUGGAGGCUGCUACUCUUACUCAAGGCACAAUGCAUCUUGUACAAGAGAUAUGGACAUGUCUUGGAACCAUUCAAAUAUGCCGGUUAUCCUAUGUUGUUAAAUGCAGUUACUGUAGAUAAAGAUGACAGCAAUUUUCUUUCAUCUGAUAGAGCCCCUCUUUUGAUAGCUGCUUCAGAGCUAAUUUGGCUUACAUGUGCAUCUUCUUCAUUAAAUGGAGAAGAACUUAUACGAGAUGGUGGUAUUCCAUUGUUGGCAACACUUCUUUCACGUUGUAUGUGCAUUGUUCAGCCCACAACUCCGGCAAAUGAACCAGCUGCAAGAAUAGUCUCCAACAUAAUGCAUACAUUCUCAGUUCUCAGCCAGUUUGAGUCAGGAAGAGUUGAGAUUCUUAAGUUUGGUGGUCUUGUUGAGGACAUUGUGCAUUGUACAGAACUUGAAUUUGUACCCUCAGCUGUCGAUGCUGCUCUGCAAACAGCUGCUAAUGUCUCAGUGUCAUCUGAAUUGCAAAAUGCCCUGCUAGCGGCUGGAUUUUUAUGGUAUGUGCUGCCCCUACUGCUUCAAUACGAUUCAACAGCUGAAGAGAAUGAGACAAGUGAGACGCAUGGUGUUGGGGCAAGGGUGCAGAUCGCCAAAAAUCUUCAUGCUAUUCGUGCAACUCAGGCUUUGUCUAGGCUUUGUGGUGUCAGUAGCGAUGGAAUAUUGUGUCCAUCUAACCAACCUGCAUACAAUGCACUAAAGGCACUUCUUACUCCAAAGCUUGCUGAUAUGCUGAGAAACAACACACCUAAAGAGUUAUUAUCAAAUCUAAAUUCAAAUUUGGAGUCACCAGAGAUCAUAUGGAAUUCUUCCACCAGAGGGGAGCUCCUCAAAUUUGUUGACCAGCAGCGUGCUAGUCAAGGCCCUGAUGGUUCAUACGAUUUGGCGGAAUCACAGUCUUUCACCUACGAAGCUUUAUCAAAAGAAUUGAAUGUUGGUAAUGUAUACUUGAGAGUUUACAACAAUCAGCCGGAUUUUGAAAUAAGUGAUCAGGAAGAAUUUUGCAUUGCUCUGCUUAAAUUUAUAGCAGAAUUAGUACAAAAGUGGAACUUCAUUAAUUUGGAGGAAAAUACGAUGCAUCAACAUGGCUCAGUUAUUGACACAUCCACUACUGAAAAUGAGGAAGUCAGUGGUUCAACUAAUGAAGGGAAAAAAGAUAAUUCAUUGGCAAAAGAAAGUACAGGGACAGAUGGAGAUUCUGAAGUUACUUCAAACCUCCAAAGUGGGCUAAUAUCACUUCAGAAUCUUCUGACAAGUAAUCCAGGCUUGGCUGCUGUUUUUGCUUCCAAGGAACGGUUGAUACCUCUUUUUGAAUGCCUUGCACUGCAUGUUCCUCCUGAAAGCAACAUCCCACAAAUCUGUUUAAGUGUUCUUUCUCUGUUGACAAAGCAUGCUCCUUGUUUGGAGGCCAUGGUUGCAGAAAGGACAAGCCUCAUUUUGCUAUUUCAGAUACUCCACUGCAAUCCUCCUUGCAGGGAUGGAGCACUUGUUGUACUGUAUUCUUUAGCCAGCACACCAGAUCUAGCCUGGGCUGCUGCCAAGCAUGGUGGUGUCGUGUACAUUCUUGAACUUAUGUUGCCACUUCAAGAGGAAAUCCCUAUGCAGCAAAGAGCCUCAGCUGCAUCCUUACUGGGCAAACUGGUUGGGCAACCAAUGCAUGGUCCCAGGGUGACGAUCACACUUGCUAGAUUCCUGCCUGACGGUUUGGUUUCUGUAAUUAAAGAUGGACCUGGUGAAGCUGUUGUUUCAUCUCUUGAACAGACAACAGAAACUCCUGAACUAGUAUGGACACCUGCAAUGGCAGCUUCUCUUUCUGCGCAGUUGGCAACUAUGGCAUCUGACCUCUACCAAGAGCAGUUGAAAGGACAUGUUGUUGAUUGGGAUGUACCUGAACAAGCAUCUGGCCAACAUGUAAUGAAAGAUGAACCUCAGGUUGGUGGAAUUUAUGUAAGACUCUUCCUAAAGGACCCAAAGUUUCCACUGAGAAACCCUAAAAGAUUCCUUGAAGGGCUGCUAGAUCAGUAUGUAUCCUCUGUUGCUGCUACACAUUAUGAAGCAAACGCUGUUGAUCCAGAGCUUCCUUUGCUGCUUUCCGCGGCAUUGGUUUCCUUGCUGCGGGUUCAUCCGGCACUUGCAGACCAUGUCGGUUACCUAGGUUAUGUUCCAAAGCUUGUUGCAGCUAUGGCCUAUGAGGGAAGAAGGGAAACUAUGGCAUCUGGGCAGGGCACAAGUGGAUCACAGGCAGAACCUAGUGAUGACAACUUUGACGGUCACCCUGAAACCACCGUGCAGACUUCUCAAGAACGUGUUCGCCUUAGUUGUUUGCGUGUGCUACAUCAGCUGGCAUCUAGCACAACUUGUGCAGAAGCUAUGGCAGCAACAAGUGUAGGAACUCCUCAGGUUGUACCACUGCUUAUGAAAGCAAUUGGAUGGCAAGGUGGAAGUAUACUGGCAUUGGAGACAUUAAAGCGUGUAGUCGGUGCUGGUAAUCGGGCUCGUGAUGCGCUAGUUGCACAGGGGCUAAAGGUUGGUCUUGUUGAAGUGCUUCUUGGUAUUCUUGAUUGGCGUGCUGGUGGAAGACAGGGACUCUGUAAUCAAAUGAAGUGGAAUGAAUCAGAGGCUUCAAUUGGGCGUGUUUUGGCAGUGGAGGUGCUUCAUGCUUUUGCAACGGAAGGUGCACACUGUGCUAAAGUUCGUGAAGUCCUGAAUUCUUCUGAUGUAUGGAGCGCUUACAAGGACCAGAAACACGAUCUAUUCCUCCCAUCCAAUGCACAAUCUUCAGCUGCUGGAGUUGCUGGGCUAAUUGAGAGCUCGUCGUCAAGGCUCACCUACGCCCUUACAGCACCCCCACCUCAACCUGCACUGGUCCGGUUACCAUCUUCAGCUCCCUCCAACAUCAGCUCCUACAAACCCUAGUGGAAGGCAUUCUUAUCAGCAUUCAUAGCGUGGAAAACAAAAUACAGUUUGUGCCUUAAUACUCCACCAAAGAGCAGCUGAUCAGGUUUGCAUUUCAGUACAUAGCAUGUACAGGGUUCAAUUACAUAGAGGUCAGUUUCGUGUUUGUUCUUUGUACACAUGUAAAGCAUAUCCUUUUUUUUUGUAACAUACAUGUCCAUAUAAUAUUCGAGCUGAGAAUGUGUAUCCAUUCGUUGCUGGGUGAAUGAAUAUCUUGUCUUUUUUUACCCAGAUUACAAUGA